AACCGCUAUCAUUGAAGGGAAACAAACUUCCCAAAGGCAAAACCGCAUUCUCCCGUCUGCUUCCACCUCCCCUCUCUUCCCACGCGGCUCGCCUCGAGAUCUCGCUUGGUCGCCAUGGACGCGAUCGACUCGGUGGUGGAUCCCCUCCGCGACUUCGCCAAGGACAGCGUCCGCCUCGUCAAGCGCUGCCACAAGCCCGACCGCAAGGAGUUCACCAAGGUGGCGGCGCGGACUGCGAUCGGGUUCGUCGUCAUGGGCUUCGUCGGCUUCUUCGUCAAGCUCAUCUUCAUCCCCAUCAACAACAUCAUCGUCGGCUCCGGCUAGGCUGAGUCCUACAGAAUGACUAGCAGGGGAGUAGUGCAAUACUUUUGAGGAGAGCAAAGGAUAACGAGGAUCUUAGUCUUGCACAAAGUAUUGUUUCUCUUUUGUGAUUUUGGAGCAUUCGUCGUACUGUUAAGAAUGUCUGUAUACCUGAUUCUGAGUAGACCUUGAUCAAGUAGCGAGCUGUGAAAGGAAGUUUCGUAUUUA